AUUCGACUGCUAAGUGGUUUGAGUCAAACAUGCAGCUUUUUCGUCUAAAUUUGUGCGUUCCUGCCAACUGGCCAUCAUUAAAGCGACACGAAAGUAAACAAACAAAAAGAAUCUUCAGUUCAGUGCUGGACAUUGAACCUGAAAACUGGAAAUCUCUCUUCUCCGAAAUAAGAGCGGAAUAAGGAAACCCUGACAAGUCUUCUUUUGAAUCCAAUGUCGCUCAAUUAUCUCCCACCAUUUCCGUAAUUUUUUGCUCACUGUCGUGCGCAGCCGUCUCCAACGAUGGCUACCCCGGCCGAAAACAAUAAAGUGGAGCCCGAAAGCAGCGAUUCCGACACUGACUUUCUUUCAGACGUUGAAGAAGUAGAUCACAUGAAGAUUUUAUCGUCAAGUGGAGCUGACCAGCUCCAGUUUGUGGACUCUUAUUUUCAAAGAGAGGCAUCAUCUCUUUUAGCUGACACUACUGAUUUCUUCGGCAACACCUGUGAUGACAGCAGCAUCAACACCUCUCUCUUGCCGUGGGAACGUCUGGCAGACUGGAUACACUGCUUCUGUGUAGUGACGUUUGAUCUUGAAAUAGGUCAGAUGAUUGAGGAAAUCUAUCCCAGUCAUGUGACCUUGUCAGAGCAAGAUAAGACAAGUAUUUGCUACCUGGCAUUUCCUGACUCCAAUUCUGGAUGCAUGGGAGAUACACAGUUCCAUUUUCGAAUAAGACAAAAUCCUGUCAACGGAGAUGUCAGCACUAGGAGUUCUCAAGUGGAUCUUUCAUCUAGUAAUACCGUCCCUAAAUCUCAUUCAAGGUACAACCAGCUUUGCCCACCUGCUUUCAGAACAGAUUCAUCCUAUUGGUGGGGUUUCGCAUACUUCCGCCAAGUCAAGGACAAAAAUUUGCGUAGAGGUUAUUUUCAAAAGUCGUUGGUGAUCGUGACCCGACUGCCCUUUGUUGAAUUGUUCCAAGAGUUGAUGGCUGUGAUAGCACCCGAAUUCUUUGACAAAGGGAGCAUCUGCUUGGAAAUCAGUGCCAAAGAAAUCGAUCAAUGGCCUCGUCCCGUACCUGGCAUUGUAUUGAACUUGCCUCUAUUGGGGACACUCUUUCAAGUGAGGAUUCCAAGUUUCUCGGCAGCCGCUAGUCCCUCAUUUGCCACCAGCCUAACAGGCUCUCCUUCAAAGACGUCUAAUUCGCUGUUACGGAGGCGAUGCCUCAUAGCAACUGACGUCGACCUCUAUUCGGCCUUGGCUCCGUUACUGCCACAUCUUCAAAUGCUCUGGGAACUGCUCCUUUGCGGUGAGCCUCUGGUGGUCAUGGCAACUAGUCCUUCCAUUUGCUCCCACGUCGUCCAAGCUCUCGUCAAUUUGAUCCAUCCUCUCCAGUACUGCCUGGAUUACCGGCCUUUUUUCACCAUCCAUGACUCUGAGUUUAAAGAGUAUACUGGACGGCCGUCUGAUCCUCCUCCACCCGUAUUGCUAGGGGUCACCAAUCCCUUCUUCGCCAAGGCGUUACAGCAUUGGCCACACAUCAUCCGCAUCGGCGGAGAAAUCCCCAGCAGCAGUGCUGGAUUAAAGAUUCGUGCAACUAAAUCCAAUCUUCCAGGAUCUAGUAAAUUGUCGGAGUGCAAGCCGGGCGUGUACACAUCGUACAAGUCCCAUUUGACGCGAGACAAGGCGCUAUUGAAGCUCAUUGCCAAAGGUACCCAGACGCGACGGCCCAACCAAGUGCAAUCGGCCUUGAUGCGCCGGCAUUUCCUUGAGCUAACACAGAGCUUUAUCAUUCCGCUGGAGAGGUACUUUGCCCGUCUGAUGCCUUUGCAGAAAUCAAUCUCACCGUACAAGGCGGUUCCUGGUUUGAGUCCUUUCAAAGCCGAAGAGUUCCUUGCCAGUGUCGAACAUUGCGGCCCCCAGCUGACCACGGGAGUUAAAGGCGACUGGACGGGAUUGUAUCGCCGUUUCCUGCGUACACCAAACUUUGAAUCGUGGUCGAACACGCGUCACCAGGAGGCCAACAAAAAAUUACGAGCUCUUCAGAUGGAAGCUCUUAGUCAAUCGGACAUGACGUCGUGGCUUCAAGGCAAACGUGAAGUGGAAGUAGUGGACAUGGUACUGCGUCUUCGAGAGAAGCUGAACGCGGCGCUGGCCGAGGAAACUCUGCCCGUCAGCCCUCAAACACGACUACAUCUGCAGGGCCAACUCGAAACGGUCCUGCAGAGUCUUCCAGAGGACCUCCGAUCUGUUUUGAAGGCCAGUUGAGAUUCUUUGUUAUCCUAUCCUAUUGCCUCCACCCACAUCUUUCUCUCUAUAUUGGGAACGCAUCUUUUGCAUGUGAUGACAAAACAAAGCCUGUAAGGUUUGUUCCACAUCAAAAGACUCGCGGAUGGACCGAAUUUUUCGUGAUUUCUUCCUUUCAAUUGUGUAUUUAAAAUGACGAUCCAAACGACUUUAUUUGUCUCGAGUUCUUCAUAAAUGUGUAUCCUGAUUUUACUCCAUCAUAACGUGAAUCCCUCUCGGUUCUUCUUCCUACAACAACAUACAAUAUUUGAUCUGAUCAAGCUCGAAAGUUAAAGAAACAAGAAUCGCUGACGACUCGAAUAAUUCAAGCGAGAGCAGUACGUUACGUGUGACCCUGCCUUACAUGUUUUUAACACUUUGUCGUACAGCAUCUAUAUAUAAUUUACUCCACCACAUCUGCACUAUUUCUCUCCCAGAAAAAGGCGAUCAAUGCCGUUGAUUGGUGCACUUUAAUACGGAAUAGUACAAAAAUCAUGGUUGCAUAUUUUGCUCAGCUGACGAUCGAAGACGGUCAGUUUAUGUGUCUCUCACCCCACUCGUCGUAAUCAUUGUUUAAGGUUCAACAUUGAAUCGAACGUACUGUAUUAAUGGAAUCUUUACUUCAAUACACGUACACUAUCGACCCUUAA